GGCUCCGCCCCCAGCGGCGCGCGCUCCCACGGUGACCGAGGGGCGGGGGACCCGGGGAGGCCGGCCAUGGAGGCCCUGAGAAGGGCCCACGAGGCUGCGCUCCGGCUGCUGCUGUGCCGGCCCUGGGCCUCGGGCGCCGCCUCCCGCCCGAAGCCCCGCGCCUCGGAGGUGCUGACGCAGCACCUGCUGCAGCGGCGCCUGCCGCACUGGACCUCCUUCUGCGUGCCCUACAGCGCUGUCCGCAACGACCAGUUCGGCCUAUCGCACUUCAACUGGCCGGUGCAAGGCGCCAACUACCACGUCCUACGCACCGGCUGCUUCCCCUUCAUCAAGUACCACUGCUCCAAGGCCCCCUGGCAGGACCUGGCCCAGCAGGACCGGUUCUUCACGGCGCUCAAGGUCGUCAACCUCGGUGAGUGGCCCGGGCCUGUGAAGCACGUCCCACCAGUGGCCCCACUGUUUGCAAAGCACGCCGACAAACGUUCUCGCGCGGAGGCCAAGACCCCGGCCCAAGGUAUUCCAACUUUAUUAUACGGACUUGGCUCCUGGUUAUUUGCUAGAGUCACAGAGACUGUGCAUACCAGUUAUGGACCAAUAACAGUUUAUUUUCUAAAUAAAGAAGAUGAAGGUGCUAUGUAUUGAAAGUGUGCAUUGGAGAACAUAAAUAUUAGUGGAUUUUCUCUUGUGUGAAUGUGCAAUAUUUAUUUUUGAUCCUUUAAAAUAAAACUUUUGCAAACACCUUGUUCUUUCUACAAUGUCUGGCUCUUUACGAUGAAUCAUUGUUCUCAAGAGACAAAGCUUUUCACACAUUGUUAUAUAUUACAUACUCCCUUUAGUCAAUGGGAACUAGAAACAUAUGAAUCUUAUACCAAUUUUUUUCCUAGAACUAGAUUAAACUACAGAUAAAAAAUGAUUAGAACAUAUAUAGAUUCUAUAGCUAGGUAUUAAAUUCUCUUUGAAGAGAAAAUAUAGACACACAAAGAAGGGAGGGGAAAAAUAUUUUACAUAACAUUGGAAAAAGUAGAGGAUUUUAGGGUAUAUGGUGGAGAUAAUAUAAUAUCAUUGGCAAAUCCAGAAUUGAUGAGAAUUCUAAUUGCAACCUGAAAUCUAAACUACUCAGCUGCCAGGAUUUUAAAUGGAAAUGUAUUAAAGCUCUUGUUCCAUUUACCUGGAUGAGAGGUCUGGGUAUAAUGUAGAAACUUCUCAUUGCCUAAAGAAUCCAAUACCAACUACCUUUUAAAAUAUAAUAAUUGGUAAAUGUAAACGCAUCAAGAUAAAUGAUAUUAAGACUUAUUAAAAGUUAAAAUACCAUGCUGAUAAAGCUGUAAGAACAAUUAAUAUCUAGAAACACGCAGAAAAAUAAAUUUGAUAACUUUAUAAAAGCAAUUAGCUCAAAUGGUACAUAUCCAUAGACUUAUUGGCGAUGGGAAGUGGGCUGAAAUUUUAAAGACCUGAUGGCAGUUUUGCAUUAGAAUUUUAUUAAGUUAAUUGCAUUUUUGAAAGCAAAGUCAUUAAAAAAAAUUUAUCCUUGGGGGUAGUUACAAAAUACCCAGACGAAUGGUAAAUUUCAGAAAUUUGGAGUAAUUUAGGGAGAACUAAGAACUAUUUAAUUUCUAAACCAAUGGGUGUUUAAGAUUUAUGAUUUCUCCCAUAAUUACAAACAUACAUUAUAUAUCAUUUUAUGUUAAUAUGUUGCUGAUACUCUAUAACAUUUACACAUUUUUUGGUAGCAAAAUAUAAAAUUCAAUCUAACCAACAUUUGGGUGCUUGCUUCUGGCAAAUCACUAGAGAAAGGAAGUGAUUGAGGUGAAGGCACCAGAAUCAUGAAGUAAUACAAACUGGCUUCGUUAAAGGUAGUCAUUUUAAAUGAGCUUCAGAGAGUGAACUGUUCUGCAAAUAUAUGUAGUGUUCACUUGUCUAAAAGCAAUUCUAACUAACACUUUAAUCAAAGAAGUACUUAUGCCAAUAUAUUUAGUCCAGAAGAAUGUGCUUGACACUAGUUAAAUGAAUGGCUUACACAAAGAUAGUGUUACAUUAAGCUUCAUUAAUAAUAAAACUGACUAUUAGCAUUUUGCAAGGAAAGCUAGAACUGACUUCCUCUGUAAUGGGCAAAGUUAAAUAACUAUAGCUCAUAAGUUUUAAGUCAAAUACUGCUCAUUCAUUGCUGCUGGUUUUGUCAAUACUUGUUGUAAAGGUUUGGUCCCAACACAAGGCUGAUAAAAUGUUUUUUAAUUACCAGACUAUAAAUACAGCUUUUCAGUAGAGUUGCACUUCUUUUCACAGUGGCCUGUUUGAUUUCUGAUAAUUUGUAGUGCUGACUCUGCUUACCUGUUUUUCAAUAGCUAUACUCAGUGUGACUUCUUGUCCAUAUGGUGAUAGGUAAGUCUCCUUGGAGAACAUCUUUGACAAACUACCCUAUUGAUCUCUGUAAUUCUCCGCUUGCAGCAUUAAAUAGAGCCUUGAUUUCUUGUCUGAUGUGCUCACUGUGUAACAAUUAAGCAAAUGUAAUAUUUUCUUGUAUUACAUGAAAAUCAAUAGACCUCUUGCUCUCAUGAAGUUGAUCAUGGUGAAGGAUGAACUCGGUGAUGGCUAAGGGCAUGAUUCAAAUAUUAAAAUAUUCAUAGGAUUUAUUAAGUCUUAUGAACCUUUUAGUCUGAAAAAUGUUUGCCAUUGAACAGGAAUGGUUUAAGUUUUUUUCUUUCAAGUUGGAUAUUACAUCAAAGCAUUGUGGCCUAAAAGGGAUAAAGUAUAAAUGCUGGAUGUCAAGAGAUUGAUUCUAUUUUUAGUAUUAGAACUGACUUACUUUUUGACCUCAAGCUAACAACUCUACUCCUUUGUGGCUUCGUUUUUUUCCACCUGUAAUUUGAGGACAAAACAAGAAACCUUUAUACCUUAAAA